CAACAAAUACAUCCAAUGACGACUUUCUAAGCCUGUGAAAGAAUACGUGGAUCAACCCACUUGGAGGUUUUCUACUUCGCCCUGCACGCCUGUGUGUAAAAAUUUUGCACUUGGCGCAGAUCAGAUAGCCAGAGAGGAGCCAGUCGAGGAAGUGAGGAGGAGGGACCAGAGCAGUGGCGUGGUGUGUUUGUGUAGAAAGAAGAGUUUAUUCUGGAUUCUCCUGACGCCUCCAGCGCUGUGAAAGCCGAGUAUCUCUGCACUUUCUGUUUUGGUACCCAUCGCAGUAAUGCGCGCGGAAAGACUCGCGACUCCAGCGGUGACUUUUUAACGCGCUGUCUUUUUAAGAAAGCUCCACACCUUUUGGUGUCAAUGUCAGCACAGGUAGUUCCGAGGAUCCCGGAAGAACUCGUACUGCAGGUUGCCAGAUUGUUUGCAUAGCCUGAACUUUUAUUGCAAAUCGAAGAGAGCGCCCAUGGACUUCCUAACCUUACCCAAAAAGUAGUUAUCCUCUCGCAAAGUUCCAUAUUUAGAAGUAAACGAACGAAGAGAAGAUGAAGGAGCUAAAGAAGAAGAAGUUGUACGUGGUGAUGGACGUGCUGUGUGUUAUAGUCGCGGCUCUGCCCUUCCUCAUCAUGACCAUCGUGUUCAAGCCCUACAUAAGAGGAGUUUACUGUGAUGACGAGAGCAUCAUGUACCCCCUAAAACCAGACACCAUCACCCAUGGCAUGCUGGCAGCCGUCACCAUCUCCUGCACUGUCAUCAUUAUCUGUUCUGGAGAGGCUUAUUUGGUCCACAGCAAGAGGAUUUACUCUAAUUCAGAGUUCAACCAGUAUGUAGCUGCUCUCUACAAGGUUGUGGGCACUUUCUUGUUUGGAGCAUCUGUUAGCCAGUCGCUUACCGACCUUGCCAAGUUCACAAUCGGCCGCCCGAGACCCAAUUUCAUGGCCGUUUGUGCUCCCAAGGUCUGCACAGGAUACAUGCAGAAGAUUAACUGCACCGGCAGGCAUGAGGACGUCACAGAGUCCAGAUUGUCCUUCUACUCUGGCCACUCUUCCUUUGGGAUGUACUGCAUGCUCUUCCUUGCACUUUAUGUGCAGGCCAGACUGGUGGCUAAGUGGGCCAGACUUCUCCGGCCUACCAUCCAGUUCUUCCUGGUGGCCUUUGCGGUGUACGUGGGUUACACCCGAGUCUCUGAUUACAAACAUCAUUGGAGCGACGUGCUGGUGGGGCUGCUGCAGGGAGCGCUUGUUGCUGUACUCAAUGUACGCUUUGUGUCAGACUUCUUUAAAAAGCGCCCACCGCGUUGUACCAGGAAAGAGACAGCUGAGAGUGAAGAACCAGAGAGGAAACCCAGCCUUCAGAUUGCAGACUCCGACCAUGGCAACCAUUAUAACUAUCACCAUAAUCCAGGCCCGGUUUGAUAGAGCCUGACACCGGGACAGCAAAGGCUGCAGGCUGCAGACCCCAAACCUGUGAGAUAGGGUCUCAAACCAGGCUUUCAGCCUCAGCAGUGUUUAAGUUCAGUAAAUAACCCUAGUGAAAGGUUUUCCUGAUGCUUUUGCAGACUCCUGAUGCAAGUAAAAUUUUAGUAUUUUAAUAUUUUUUUUGUAUUUAGGCUUUUUUAUAUCAUUUAAAGGGGGUCAAACUAGUGAUCUAUAGGGGUCCGUAGCAUGCAGCCUCUGAGCCCUACCUUCAUUAUCAACCACUCACACCGCUCCCCCCAACCACUGGACUGACUGAGGGGGAUGCAUCCCAUUCCCAGGUGCCGGAGCCCUCUUUCAGAGACACCAUAAUGGCCUCCUUUUCUCCUGUAAGAGAGAGAGGAGCAUAUUAUUUCAAAGACAUCAUUAUUGAUGUUGAAGCGUACGUGAAAAAGCUGCAUUAAGUGAAAGACUCCAAACCCACAGCAACAAAGCUAUGAUAUAUCAAGACACACAAAGAGUCCUUUCUGACAACUGACAAAUGUAAGUCUCCUUUUAGAUUACCUUACUGCCACCAUCACCUGAGGAAAAAACACUCUCUUUGUCUUGAUGUACGCUUCACUUUUUGACUUGAUGCUUUUUAGUUUCUCCAUUUGUAUUUCUGAAGGAAAACAGUUGGUUUCUCAGGCUGUGUCCAUUGGACAUUGCAGUUCACAAUCUUAUGUGUUGGGUCAAUCAGCCUAAAGUGCCUGAAAAAAUGUGUAGAUAUUGUAAUUGAUUCCCAAUGUGCAUGGCAAGUACUUUCAUCACAAAGGCCCUUUUGUUCAAAAAUUAUUAAAUUGCAUUCAAAAAAUCAAAUUGGAGCAAACCCUAAAAUCAGAUACAGUCAGGUAAUGUAAUAUUAGAUUUAUUUCUGGAUAAAACUUUUAUCAGGCUGGAUUACAGGAACUAAGUCCAUGUUUAGACUUUGCAUUAGCAAUGUAUUUGGGCAUUCAGAUACCAAGUGACUGCACUUAAGUGCAUGCAUCCAUACUAUUCACUGUUACAACCUGUCUGCUAAAAAAUCUCUGUAGUCUUUGUGCAAUGAAGCCAUUCAAAAUAAAAUAAAUGCAAGCAAAAUAGCCUCAAGCAAAGAGGCUGGUGGCACAUCUUUAACAGCUUUUCACAUGUUGUCAAUAACAUGCUUUUAAAAGCCACAGUGAUAAACAAUUUAGCAAAUAAACUAACAUAAAGACUCAAUUUAAGAGGGAAAGUUACAAGGGGGUCCUUAAGUGUUGUUAAUAGAUGAGCCGGUUGUACAAACCACUUUUAAUUUUUACAGCUAUUUUUAUUUAAAGUCUCUGUCAUAAGAUGAAAUUCAUUUUUGAUUGUCAAAUUUUAGUCAUUUUUAUCCUUUAUAGUUUUAGUUGACAAGAAACUCAAAAGCAUUUUAGUCCAGUUAGCCAGCUCCCAUUCUAAUGAUGGUUUCUUUUUUUGUCAUUUGGGAACCAAAAGAUCCGUUCAUAUUACCAAACUGAGCCAAAAAGUCCAGGUCACCAAAAAAGCUGGAAUUGCCAUCACUCCAUCGGCAGGACAGGUAUAAAUAAAGCCAUUUGUUUUGUUCACUAGCACAAUAUCCUAGAUCAUCUCAGCAAGGUCUUUAGUGCUUGCCAUUACUCAGUGAAUCUACAAAACUAAUUCAGUCUUGAUGAAGCAAUCCCAGAUGACCUCCAUUUACAGUCUUAGUGUACUGGAAACAGUUUCAGUCCACAUCCAUAUGUGUCCACAUAAAGCAUUAAGAAUUACCACUUGGUUUAUGGAUACCCAAAUCAGAUAUAUACCUCUGUUAAUUCGUUGUAUAAACAGGAUGUUAAUUUGAUAAAACUUCAGAUCCAACAAUGCAAUAUUUUCCAAAGUAAAUUGAUGUUUUCAACUAUUUUAUUUUAAACAUCUCACCGUUAAGCCCAUAUUAGGAAAUGUCUGCCCUCAUACCUGCAUGUUUAGACAGUGUAGUUUAACAACAAAAAGGUCCUGCGGAUGUGCUUAGUAGUUUAUAUCACUUAUUUCCACAGAAAAUGUAAAAAAAAAAGAAAAAAAAAGACUUUUUUCAGUACACUUUCAGUCACUUACAUGUGACACAUUAACUACAGCAGCCACUUCAGGCAUUUAUAAUAGGAUAACAGCAACUACUGGAAAAACUCCUCACUAAAGCUUUAAGCUGCCAUAACCCUACAGUCACUCUUGGGUUGGGAAAAAAUAGUCCAGUGAAUUAUUGCACCACAAGGCAUCAAUAUCAGACAUUACAUUUCAAAUUUAAAGCAACCAUUAGGAUCCUUUUUGUGAUGAUUUUGGCACCCCCAUGGAUGAAUUAUGUAGUCCUGUUAAAGCACUGGCUGUCUUGUAAAGUCAUUAUCUGUAUAAAUGAUCCACUUCUGUUUAAAAAAGAGGGAAAAGUUGAUCCUAGAUUGCAAGAAUCUCCAAAUCUGCAUUAUUCUUAUCCAACUGAAACAUUUUGAAUAUCUGGGCCCAAUCGUUCUCCGCUUUCAUGGAGCUUUAGUGGUGUUUUUGUAUGAUUUAUGGCUUUUGUAUAAGGACAGCCACAUUUAUUGUGUUACAUUUGAAGGAGAAACACAAGAAUGUUGUUAAAGGCACAGACUGUGUAUUAGCUUUCCUUUGGUGCAGCGUAUUUUGCCAAAUUUUAUAUCCCAAGUUGCAACCAGAUCAUACUAGAAGAGCUAAUCCUCUCUAUUUGCCAUUUAUCAUGUUGACAUAAAGGCUCCAAAACCAAGAAAUAUCAUCUGCAGGCCCUAACACUCUGCUUUGAGGGGAUGUUUAUUGAUAUUACCUUACUAGAGGCAUUAUUCAGAGGUAAUCCCAUGAUCAGACAUCACCUGACUAUUCCUUUCUGUCUGCCUUACAAACAGCCACACAAACUGGUCUGUGUAUGUACUCUGACAAAAACAAUAUAAUGUUUUAAAACUGACUUUACAGGCUUGUCAUGCCUGGUGUCUCACACUAUUUAAGCUAACUCUAAUUCACUACCAGAGGAUUGUGACGCCCAGUACUGGGCUCUCUUAAGUGUCAUGUUAUGUAACUACCUGAGUGUCAUACUUUAUCUUUAUUUCCAGUGCAGAUUGGUGAGAUUCAAUGCCGAGUGUAGUGAUGCUUUUCUAAAAUGUAUAAUUUAAAUGUGGAGUUUUUUAAUUGGGUUUCCCCUGUGUUGAAUGGACUGCAGAAGUUGAAACCAUACUUUAAUUUCUGUUGAACUCUCUGUUAUACCACUACUUUACUGUCAAUCAAAUAUUAAGAAAAUUUGCCUCCAUCUAUUCCUUCUUAUAGUUUUUAUAUGUCUAUUACUAAACAAAGAAGGAUAAUACAGAGCUCAUAUGGAGACAUGGACAGAAAAAUUAAGUUUCAGGUGCACAUGGGAAACUUUUUGUGUGCACAAGAAAGCACCAGUGUGCACUAUAGAGUUUUAUUCUGUUUAAUAGGAUGAGCUUUGUGGUCUCUUGCCAACUUUGUGCCUACUUGUUAGCACAUAAAACCUUUUUUCUCUUAGCAUGAAGACUUUCCAAAUCAGAGGUUAGCUUCCUGUGUGCACCAGGAACUUUUUAUUAUUAGCUGUUUCAGCUCAUGUCUCUUUAGAGGCUACGUAGGAUAAGACAACCAUUUUGAAAAUGGUGUUUAAUUUAUUCUAAACACAAGAAGUUUUCUAUUUAGUCUUAUGAGGUUGGAGUGCUGUUAAGGCUAUUGUGCAAUCACCCCUGCUUGCCACUUUGAGCCACACAUACUGUAUAUACAAAUACUAUGUUUAAUAAUGUGUGAAGGAUGUAUAUGCUUGUAUGUUGUUAUUUCACAUGUUGCUACAGUUUAUUUUCCUGUUUGGUGUGCUCCAGCCUGAGCCCUCUCAUUCUGGUGCCACACAAACAGAUUGAGUUCCAGACCCAAACAUAAUCCAGAUGCCUUAGUGGGGCUUUUAAAGGGCUGUUGUAAUGAUAAAGUGUUACAUUCUUUACUCUGUUUUUGAAGUUUGUAACAUUGCUCCAUCCCCACUUCAAAGUUGCUCUGGGUUCCUUUUCCCCUUCCUGUGCUGAUAGAUGGGGUUAAUUUGCGAAUAAGAUCUCCUGUACAGUCCUUGUACGACACGCAGACCCCUGACAACACAUCAAACAGACCGCAAACCUGAUAGGAGGGUAGGACAGGAUAGAAUCUCACCUGGUAGUGAUUGUGAAACCCUGAAGUUGAGAUUGGAAUGAAUGAAGGCGGGGUACUUUAGAUGGGGGUAUGGUUAUGGGGUAUCCCAUGGUGAACCUCUGUCCCUGUGGACUUCUACACAUUUAAAACACAGAUUUACAAGAAGAAACAGCUGGAAAUGGUUGUGGUGAAGUGCCAAGUGAGCCCCCUCCCCUGAUCCCCUACAUCUAAAUCAUGUGCAGCCACACUAACAGCCCAAAAUGAGGAUGUAGAAACGUCAUGGUGUUUGCAGCUGGUGAUGUGGCUCCAUGUGUGUUAUUGUGCUUCAUUGAAUUAGUGCGCUUAAGUAGGCACGGGUUGUCCAGUCUUCUGUUUGUAUAAUUAAUGUUUAUUUUUUUGUAUAAAGAUUUUAUCUAUAGGCUCUAAACCAGAGAAUUUUAUUAAAGAUAUUAUCCACAUUCACAUUCAUUGUGUUGUUUUAAUGUGUAUAGAUGUUAUGAUAAUUCUGGUCUUUCCAAACUACAGGAAUUUAAAAAUUUGG